GACUUAAGAGAGAUUAGCACAGAGCACAGAGCGUUCGACUCUCACUCUCUUUCUGCUGUUCUUAUCAGUUGAAACAGAUUUAAAAAGCAAACUGCAAUUGAGAGUAACCAGCAGUACUCAAAGCGCGCUUAACUCGACAACAACCAAGUUGAAGAAUCGUAACGCUUAAUUUUGUUAUUAGUGUUUAGUUAAAAUUUACAAUGUCGGAGAAACGUAUUGCAACUGUUAUAAGCAAAGCAGAGGAUUUCCAAAAGGAAUGUUCCAGCUGUUUUGAAAAAGGCUUCAAUCUUGCCUUGCUGCUGGACUAUGAUGGCACACUGGCUCCAAUUGCCUCGAAUCCCAGCAAAACGCAAAUGCCUGUGGAACUGGAGGAGACACUGCGCAAGCUAGCAAAGCAUCCAAAAACAUUUGUAGCUGUCAUAUCUGGACGCGCACUCAAAGAUGUCAAGGCGCAUGUAAAUAUCGAGGGAGUUACGUUUGCGGGCAAUCAUGGACUGGAAAUUGAAUAUCCAGAUGGCUCACGACAUGACUACGAGCUGCCAGCGGAUAUCAAGCAGAACUAUAUGGAUAUGGUGCAGGAGCUGAAGCAGCGUGUGGAAAGAGAUGGCGCCUGGGUGGAGGAUAAGCAUGUUUCACUUACCUAUCACUAUCGUGAUACGCCUGUUGAGCUCAAGCCGGAGCUGAAGCAACUGGCCAUGGAGAUUUGCCAGCGUCAUGGCUUUCGUGCCAAUCUGGCACAUGAAGCCAUCGAAGCCAAGCCGCCAGUGGACUGGCAUAAAGGUGAAGCUGCCUUGUAUAUACUCAAAGACAAAUUUGGUAAAUAUUUUAGCCAAGAAGCGUUUAUAAUUUUCGCUGGCGAUGAUACCACAGAUGAGGAUGCCAUGCGCGCUCUGCAAGGCUUGGGUCGCUCUUUUCGCAUUUCCGCAGAUGAGCACUUGGAAACCUUUGCGGAUUAUCGUCUGCCGCAACAAACACUGAUGACUGAUUUGUUCAAAUGGAUAGCAAAUGGUUAUCUUGAUUAGAAUUUAUACAUAUUUGUUUAUAUUUAGAGAAUUUUUAUUUUUAUUGUAA